CACCGGCGACUUGAGGUUUGGGGUAAAGGUCAACAACACACUUAUUAAUUGGGUUAAGCACAUUCAAAUAAACUGAUUAAUUCAUCCCUCGGUGUUACGGGAGUGCGAUCGGGCUACUAAAUAUUGUCCAAACUUGAAAUGUCACAUAAUUGUGACAUUUUUUGGUUUAUUUCAGGUUAGAAAAUCGUAUUUUUGUCAUUUCUAGUGGAUUUUUAAGUGCCAAACGGCUUUCAAAUUUCCUUCUAAACAGCGAUUGUUUUGGAUUGAACAUAGUCAAAUAGUUAAACAGCUUAAUUAAUUCUUACGGGUUAAAAAAGUGUCAACGCUGGAAACGUCGAAAAUUAAAGACAUUUUUUAGGUUGUAAAACCGCAUUUUUAUAACUUUCAAUAGAUUUUUAAACGCCUCAAUACUUCGGGUUUUUUUCACGUCGACCUAGAAACCCGAAAAACUUGCCAGUUUCAAGCAAAACAAAUUAAUUCCUUAAUGCUUAGUGGCUGCCAUGAGACGACAAAAGGUCAAUACUGAAAACGUCAAAAAGGUUUGGAUGAUCCAGGAAGUGGAUACCAUCGAAAACCUAAAAGCAUGAACUAAGAGGCAAACGGAAAGGCAUCAGUUACUCAUUCUUGUGCUUCAUCAAUCAGGAUCGAACGGAAAUGUCCGCCAGCAACUUGAAAAUGCUUAGUGAGGAAAGUCUCACUAGACAGCCCGAGGAGGUUUUUGAUAUCAUUUGUAAGCUGGGAGAAGGAGCUUAUGGUAGUGUUUAUAAAGCUUUGCAUAAAGAAUCUGAUAGUGUUGUAGCCAUUAAACAAGUACCAUUAGACACAGAUUUGCAUGAAAUUAUCAAGGAAAUCUCCAUAAUGCAACAGUGCGACAGCCCAUAUGUUGUGAGGUAUUAUGGAAGCUAUUUUAAAAAUACUGAUCUAUGGAUCAUAAUGGAAUAUUGUGGAGCAGGCAGUGUUUCUGAUAUUAUACGUCUCAGAAAAAAGACCUUAACAGAAUGCGAAAUAGCCACCAUUUUAUCGGAUGCUCUAAAAGGGUUGGAGUACCUCCAUUCCAAUCGAAAGAUCCAUCGAGACAUCAAAGCAGGGAAUAUUCUUUUGAACACGGAUGGACAUGCAAAGCUAGCAGAUUUUGGGGUUGCAGGACAACUAACCGAGACUAUUUCCAAAAGGAAUACAGUUAUUGGUUCCCCUUUUUGGAUGGCUCCCGAAAUCAUCCUGGAAAUUGGAUACGAUUGCGUAGCAGAUAUCUGGAGCAUUGGUAUAACAGCCCUUGAAAUGGCCGAGGGCAAACCACCUUACGCAGAUAUUCAUCCAAUGAGGGCCGUGUUUAUGAUUCCCACCAAGCCUCCUCCGUCUUUCCGCGAUCCAGAUCGAUGGAGUGCCGAAUUUAUCGAUUUCGUCAGUGUAUGUCUGGUGAAAAAUCCUUGUGAUCGAGCUUCAGCUACCGAUCUUAUACAGCAUCUGUUUCUGCAAAAAUCCGGUGGAGCUCAAGCGCUGGCUCAGAUGAUUUCAGAAGCUUGUGAUAUCCGAAAGAAUCAAAACUACAGCAGAGUGCUUUUGCAUGGACAACACAAGAAGACUGUUGCUGAUGCUGAUGCGGAGGCUACUUUAGUGCCAAGUAAAACACCCAGCCAAAGUGCCACCAUGGUGACUUUGCAAUCUGAUUUGGGUACAAUGGUGGUUAUAAAUAGCGACGACGAAGAUGGUGAAAGAACAAUGAAGUCUGAAGAGACUAAAAAAUAUAAGCCGUUAUUUUUGGAACAUUUUGACCAAGCUGAAUCGGAACAAGGUUCUAAAGACGCAGCGGCCCAUCCGAAUUUUGCCGUUUCAUCUAGUGGAGCAAUCGCUCAACAGUCCCAAAGCAACUUGGAACCUCUCGAUGUUAAACUGCAACGAAUCAAACCCGUUAACACCGAUUUUAGUUUUCUGAAGGAUUUGUCGUAUGAAGAAUUGAAGGAACGGUUUGAUCUUUUGGACACUGCAAUGGAAAAGGAAAUCGAGGAGCUACAUACUCAUUACAUUUUGAAAAAACAACCAGUAGAAAAUGUGAUUCAUAACAAGAGAGAGCGAAACAGGAAUUUUUAAGUAGACUAAGUUUUUUACGCUGUGACGAGGUCUUUGGGCUUUUAGAUAAUGCUUAGUGGAAAUAGAUGUUUUCAUUUCAA